AUGUCUCUGGUUCAAAUACUCGAAAAUUCCACAUCGAAGAGACAUGACUUAUUCACAUGGAUAAUAAAACAUUUCGAUGAAUUAAAUCAAUUGAAUCAAGACAAUGUGCAGGAAAGCUGUAUCAAAGUUCACAAUAACUUAAAUGAAUUUAUAAGAUAUUUGGCUUCCACUAAUGAUGAUACUUCAGAAUUGGAUUCACAUUAUAUAUAUAUCAGAUUUUCUCAACUUUAUACGCUAUGCUUAUUCCGAUUGCAAAGUGAACAUAAAGGGAAGAUCUUUGACUCAGCAGAGUUAUUAACUAACGUGUUGUUAGAGGAAGAUGUAUCACUUCCCAGUAAAGAAGCUGAAAAAAAUAGAAAGAAAUCCCCUCCGAAGAAAAACUACAAAUACUCAGCCAGUAAAGAUUUAGCUUCUACGAUCACAACACAAUUAUUUGAAACGUUUGGUAAACAAUUGACCUCAUUAAAACUCAAUUUGUUCUCAGCAAUUUUCAAGAACCUUAAAAAGAUAACAGAAAAAUCAAAAUAUCAUCAUGCAACCUAUAUGACAUCCUUAAUACAACUACUCAAUGCAAUUUUGAGAUCCAGUAGUGAUUUCAAUCUCGAUCCUAUUUACGCAGCCAAAUUUUCCAAGUUUUCCAAAUUCAUAUUUGAGUCUAUAACUACCUCUGAACAAGAUUUUCCAGUUGAUUUUAUAUCAGUACUGAUAGAAACAUGGGCAUUUUAUCUUAAACAGGAUUCUUACUUCAAAGAUCAUCAAAACGACUUCUUUGACACAAUCUAUAAAAAGUUUUCCGAUGGAGAGCUGGGUAUUUAUGGGUUUUCAAAUGAUGAAACACGUAUCUAUACAGCGAAAUCACUUGCUGAAAUAUUAUUUCAUUGUUAUUAUUCGAAACAGGUUUUUACUUUGAAAGUUGUGUGGCACUUAUAUGUUAAAUUAUUUAUAAAUGCUUCUACCAGAGAUACUAAAAUUGCAUGUUUUGAAUCAAUAGUUCACUACAUUGGUCUGUGUAAUAUGACAAAUAAAAAUUUCCUUGCCAAUUCUAAUUAUCUAGAUAUUAUUCAUUCAUUGGCAGAAAUCUUCAACCCAAGUGUAACAAAGCAUUUACCCUUAAGUGCCAUUAUGCAAAAUAUCACUUUUUUCAAUAUUCUACACGAGACAAUUUUACCUAUCAUGGGUGAUGCAUCCAAGACUCAAAUAUUAUUUAAUAUUAUUGAUUCAAUAGAAGAAGACUCUGAGAAAAAAAAAUUCGAGAUAAAAGAAGAUUGGCAUCAAUGGUUGAUACUGCUUGACUUAAAUCUCGUCCAUUUAUUACUAGACAUUCUUUCGUCAUCAUUUGGAGCGGAUGAGCGGACUAUUCAACAAAUGAAAAAUAAACUGAUUUUACUGUCCGUCUGUGACAAUUUUACAAUCAGGGUACAUGCUAUCGAAGUCCUGAAGGUGUUUUUAACAGCAUUCCCUGAAUUGAUUACUGAAGUUAUGGAAUAUUCUCUUGAUAUUUUAACCACCGACUUCAAACGUACUGAAGAUUUCCCAUUUUCUAGGAACCAUGGUAAUGCCUUGAUUAUUGCAACAUUGAUUGAGAUAUCUAAUAAAGACUAUGUUGCUUAUGAGCUAAUUAUGAAAAUAACCGUUUUUGCGACUUCAUUCAUUAAAAACAAUACCACAUCUCUCUCAGUCAAUCUUUAUUAUAAAGGAUUGAUUUGUUGGAUUUUGCUAAUUGGUUUAAUGAAUUAUGAAGAUGACCAAUAUAUUCAAAUGCAAUCAUCACAAUUAUUUCUCUUUUGGAAGGUUCUUUUGACGCACACAUUUACCUAUCACAAUGAAGAUGAACUAUACAAAAAUCUCGAAAUCAGAAACCACGCACUAACAUGUUUAUUAACUUACUUGAAACAUGCAAAUAUAAAUGUAGAAAUUGCUAAACAAAUUUCAUAUUUAUUAACAAAAUGCUCCAAUUUUAAUAACUCAGUUUCAUUGAAAUCAAAAAAUAUUGAUAGGGCAUUGCUUAUGAACGAAAACAGAAUUAUCCAAAUAUAUUUGCGGAUCCAAGUUCAUAUCAAGCAAGACUUCAAUAGUUCAUUGUUAAUACUGAUUGUCAAGAAUUUCUCAGAUCCCAAAUUAUAUUCUGAAACACCACAUUCUCUAUUAAACACUAUCAAAAACGUUCAUGGAAAGAAAAAAUCUCCUAAAACAGUUGAACAGACGGAAGUUCAUUUGGAGAAGUCUGUAGACACAUUACUUCGUCAAAAUGAUGACUUCGCCUUUGGACUUUCUAGUAAAGUCAGUAAAACUGGCAUAUAUAACUUGGUUUAUCAUAAGGGAGACGCCACUUUCCAAGAAAUCGGAAAUAACUGGCCCCAGAAAAAAGAAUGGUAUAAUGCUUACGAAAAUGAAAUUGUGAAACCUGUUCAGUCAGUUCUUUCCCUCGAUUCCUUGGUUCCACUAUACAGUAUGGGGGCCUAUUCUGGUAACAAUAAAUAUGCCCCCAAAGUCACUACUUCAUUGAUUGAUGCAUCUAUUGAAUUAUUCUCUUCGGUAUUCCCAUAUUUGAAUAGUAAAAUCCAAUAUUCUGUAUUGGAGAACCUAAAUUUGUCUAUGUUUACAAAAUUGACUUCACCACUGAGAAGUGUCGCCAUUGCUGCCAAUGUAUGCGUAGCAAUCCAUAAUGCUUUGAAAGUAAUGCAAAAAAACGAUCUAGAUUUGGAGCAGUCUGUUGGGAAUUUAUUAUUAGAAUCCCUUAAAAAACUUGAGUUCUAUAAUGAUACAUAUCUGACAUCAUUAAAGGCUGAUUGCAUUGGCCUAUUGGUAUCUGCAAUUGGUAAAGGAAUGGCUGAGCCGCAGCGUGUAGAGUUUAUUUCAGAACAAACCAAUAUUUUCGUUAAAGUUGUUAUUGAUGUUGAAGAACCGUACUCAAGAAUAUUCCACGCGCUAUCGUUAGCAGCUAUUUUUAAGUACAACCCAAAGGCUACUAGUUUUUAUCCAAUAUUUGAUACCUUAUUUAGUCUCAUAAAUGAUCCUCAUCCUGUUGUGCAUUCUUGGUCCCUGAAAGCUAUGCAGGCACUAAUAGAAGAAUAUUUAGUAAUCGAAAUUUCCACUUUGUCUAAGUUACUAAUGACUCUCGAAAAGUUAUUAUCGGACCCAUCUUUCGGACUUUAUGGUUCUUCUUUUCUUCGUUACAAUUACAAUAAAGAAUUCAAUUCGCAUAUUGUUAUAGGACAAAUUGUGGAGACUUUAACAGAGAUAACUGGACCAAAUUUCAAGUUACUUGAUCAAUCAUCUUUGGAUUGCUUCAGGAAUAUUACCGUUAGUGCCUUAUUGUCAAAAGAUCUUAAUGAGCAAUUAGCGAGUAUGUCUAUUUUUGAGAAUAUAGCGACAUUUAAAUUAGAUGAUAUUCUUCCUGAUAAUAUAUUUGUUACGGCUGCUAUAAAAUUGAUUAAGAAUUCUUUAGCAAUAGGAAUUGGGUCUAGUUAUUACAAUCCCAUGUUUGUUGUUACUAAUGAAUUGUUUGCCAACUCCUCAAGUUUGGAUGCUUCUUUUGCAAGUUUUAGAUUGUUAAGUCAACUUUCUAGGUUACUUAAAGGUGAUCUAUUUUACGUCAAAUUGGAAAGUUAUAGUUGGUUCUACUUUGCUCAAUAUCCUACCUCGCAAGAGCUAAAUGAUUAUUUUUAUGAGUGGUUAUUGCAUAGUAUAAAUAAAGAUAGUCAUGUUUUUGCAAAAUUAUACAGAUUUUUCAAUAUCUCGAGAGAGGCGCUUUCUCAAAUAUACUAUAAUGAUAUCGAUAAUCUGUUAAAUUCCCAUGGAUUAAAGCUAUUACAUACCGAAGAGAUUAAAGGGGAAGAAGAAGAAUCAAUUGCUCGAAAUGAUGAAAUUGUUAAUGAAGUAACAGGGAUUGCUGAUACAAUAAAUUGGAAGGCCAAAAGAAGCAUUGUCAAAUUAGUGAUCUGCCUUUGCGACGAAUCGAUGGACAAUAAACAAAUAUUUAAUAUUCUUGCCACCAAGAUCCCUGAAUUGAUCAAAAUCUCAUUUAAAGCCUCCACGAUGAGAGUUGUAUCUAUGAAAAUAUUAGGCCUCACUCUUUUGAAUACACUUCUGGUAAGUUUUUCUUCCAUAUCUGAUUCAACACAAGAAAAUGCAUCCAUAUUAAAUCAACAGGAAGCUCAGAUAACGGGCGCACUGAUGCCUGCUUUUGGAAAAGGAAGUUCUCCGGAUGCUAUUGCAUUAGCAGUAAAAGUUGCAGCGGAGAUUAUCUCAUCGGAUAUUAUUCCAUCAGAUCGUAUCAAUAAAAUAGCAGAGCUACUGGUUAGUUUGUUGGCUGACUUCAAUAAUUCCCAUGCAACACUUUUAGUUGGGGAGGUUCAGAUUCUUACGCAGAAGGCAAAACGAAGAGUUGAACUUGCAGUUUUAGAUGCUUGGGCUUCUAUACUUUAUAGAUCUGUUAUUAACCAUCGUGAAGCGAUGAUUGAAGAAACACGAAAAUAUUUGAAAACGUUGGUUCCAUUAUGGAUUAUAUCACUUCGAGAAUAUAUGAUGGUAAAAUACGAACAUUUCAGCACUACGCUAGAAUCGGAUAAAACACUUUCAAAAGCGAAUGAUAGUAAGUUGGCGAUGUACGAGCCAAUCUGGUUAAACUUUGUUGAAGCUUUGGCAUGUAUUUUAGAAAAUGAUGAGACUAUACUAUUAAAUAGCUUGGAACAGGAUGAAAUUGAAGGGUUUAUUUUUAUAUUGUUUGUUCAAUGUCUUGAGGCAAUCAUGAAAAACUUCGAUAGCCAUUCUUUGAAAGUUCAACUUUUGUCAGCAAUGCACAAUGUAUUAAAAUGCGACAUACCAUUAAGGAUAUUAUUUGAAGACUCUAUAAACAGCGAACUGAUAGUGAUCUUAGAUCGUUUGCUCUCUACUAGUGAUAGACAAGAAACUUUGUUAACAAUUGAAGUGAUUAAUGAUAUCAUUAGUCAAUAUACUACUCAAAAACUGGGCCAUGUUUCAUUCCUUCAAGAUAUUGACAAAUUAUACGAAUUAUUAAGGUUAUUAAUGUCAGUAGUCUCUAGAUUAUUGCCAUUCAUUAAGUAUAAUAACGCAGUAUCUAUCGAUUAUGAUACCAUAAAAUUGAACUCAGAAGAUCAGCUGUUGUUGAAAAGAGUUUUUGCUCUUUUCGAAUAUAAUAUUUCUCGCUUCAACUCCAUGUUUAAGAUGGACCUGUAUGCAUGUUUAUUGUAUAUUAUCGGGAAGGUUUAUGAAUCGGAGAUUAAAGAUGAUAUUAUUCCUAUUGUUCUACCACUAUUAAAAGGUAUUAGUAAAGAUAUAAUUGACAAUGACCAAGGUGGUGAUUUACUUAAGAUAUUUUAUGCUUCCAUGAAAGGAACCAUUUUCACAAAUGUGAAUGUAGAGAAUUCAUUGGCAACAUUGUUUGUGCUGUUAACCAACGGAUAUUGCGGGUUCCAAUCUAUUGACAUCGAGAAUUUUGUUCAAUUAAUAAUAAAGAACAUUUCAAAUACCCAAGCACAGCCUAUCAUUAAGCAAGGUUUAAAAAGGAUAGCAACCGAGUCGGCAACAAAUUCAACGAGUAAUGUCAUAUUGAAAAUAUUAAUUAAAAAUUUAUAUGAAUUUUCCAAGAGUGCUAGUGAGAUUGAUGCCAAGGCCAUACUAGAACUUCUUUUAUCUUUAACAGAAGUGCUGGUUUUGCAGAAGUCUGGAAAGAAGAAGGCUAUCUUCAACAUGAACUUAAUAUUUAUAUUGGAAUUACGUGAAGUAUCUGACGUUAAUGAUAAAACUACAAGAGAUGCUAUUGUCAAUUUAAUUGAACUUGAUCAAGCCGUUUUCAAGGAAGUUCUAAUAUCGACUUUAACGCCUGAACAAAGGAGUAAAUUGGAGAAUAUUAUAACGACAGAUUUAAGACUAGAGAGUUCCGGUUCUGAUGGGGAAUCUAGUGUUUCCUUGAAGAAAUUUGUUUAG